GCAGACACAGGCCAUCAAGCCCCUCCAGAGCCACCUCGUCCAACAAAGACUCCAAGGCGUCCAUGACCACUUCAGUUGGCGGCGCCCGGAGCGCCUGCGCGCCACGCCGCCCACGGCCCCGGCCCAGCGCGCCUGCGCACAACGAUCGGCAGCCCAGGGAGGCGGGUCGGACCCGGAGAUUGGAGGAGGAGUUCCAGCGUGCCGGCGUGACGUAUCGCCCUUUGGGGGCGGGCUCAGUCCGUGGAGCUCCACAGCCAUUGGUCCGGAACCCCGCAGUAACCAGGGGAACUGCAAACAGUGUAGGGGCCGCUUCCGGUUCGAACACCCGGAACCGCCGCCUCUAGGGAUGGACGGUCAGACUCUGCGAAAGGCUGAGAGGAGCCGGUCUUGCUCACGGGACAAAUAUGAGGAUAUUAAAGCAUUUGAAAACCAAGGACCCUGUGCAGCUGAGACUGCAGCACUUGGAACAAGGGUUCUCUGUCUACGUCAACGGGGCCAAUUCGGAACCGAAGACGUCGCCUCGGAAAGCCGUCCACUGCCCCUUCUCCAGAAGCGCCUCCCACGCUGAGGGGACACACGAUUGCGGACGAAGAACCCUGUUUCGAGAAGCUGAAGAAGCUUUAAGACGAAGUUCACGGACAGCCCCCGGCCAAGUCCAGCGCCGGGGAUGGCACCAGAAGUCUGUGCAGAUCAGAACGGAAGCGGGCCCGCGGCUCCACAUUGAACCUCCUCUGGACUAUUCUGAAGACUUUGAGAUGUGUGGGGACGUGACUGUCAAGGCAAAGGAUGCUUCUGGAGAUCGUCCACAGGAGACCAGAUCUCCCAGCAGCACAGCACCCUGUGAUUCUAAUUUCUCCCUUCUGAAUGCACACGGACGCCCUGACCCUCCAAGCAGUACGGACAAAGAAAGGAUCCUCUUAACUAUUCAGGAUAUAAUGGAGCUAAGAAAAAGCCUGGAAUGUAGUAUAAAUCUACAAAGGACACAGAAGGACAGUUCCAGUGACGAGUAUGACUCUAUCGAAGAAGAUGUACUCUCUGAGCCCGAGCCCGAGGACCAGGCGCUGGUGGGCCAUCCCAGAGGUGACCCCCCUCUUUCCAGCGUGGACUUGGCACAGAAGGAUGUUCCCGAGGACCGGGAGGCAGAAGGACGCCCUCCCCAGGGCCCAGACGCCCUUGUGGUGCUGGAAUUUAACCCAGCUUCCAAAAGUAAUAAAAAGGAAAGGAAUUUGUCUGCUAAGCGGAAGGACAACGCUGAGGUCUUCAUUCCCAGCAAACCUGAGCCAACCCUGAAUCCCCAGCCCCCCACUGUGUUCCCCAACCAGGAGAGGGCAUGCUCGAGACCCGGAAGCCGACGAGAGAGACCCCUGUCAGCCACCCGAAAACCCGUGCGUGAGGCUGAGGACCGAGAGGAAGAUGCCUCGGCCGUGCUCAGGGCCAUCCAGGUGGAGAAUGAAGCCCUGCAGAGGGCGAUCCUCAGCAGAAAGGCCGAGCCCUCCGCCAGCCCACCGCAGGUGCAGGACACGGAGGUACCGCUGGCAAAAUCGUGGACCAGUCUGCUGAAGGAGAAGGAAGAGACCCCUGAGCUGCUCCCCAUCACCGUGGCGACCAGCGCGCAGGAGCCGUCCAGAGCAGCAGGGGGAGCCAGAGCCGUCAGCGAAGCCAUAGACAGAGUCGGCCUUUUGGGAAGCAGACAACAGCAGAGGCUUCUGAAAGUCCUCCAGGCCAUCGAAAGUGACUCUGCCCAUGUCGGCCAGGUUGUUUCACCAACUGAGGAGCAGGUGCCUAACCCGGAGGACAAAUCGAGAAUGAAAGCAGAAGAGAUCAAAGAUGCCGUCUACGUGACGAUGGAAAUCCUGUCCAACUGGGGCAACGCCUCGUGGGUGGGUCUCACAGAAGUCGAGUUCUUUGACCUGAACAACACAAAGCUUUACGUGUCCCCUCAUGACGUGGAUAUCCGGAACACGGACACGCCCGGGGACCUGGGCCACCUGGUCAAUAGGAAUUUCGUUAGCAAGAAAGACGCUUCCUUGUGGACGUGCCCCUUCCACCCGCCGCUCCAGCUCUUCUUUGUUCUUCGCAACACGAGGCAGCUGCGUGACUUUGGUCUGGCCGAGAUCACGGUUUGGAAUUACUGGACGGCUGACGGCGACCUUGACAUUGGUGCCAAGAACGUGAAGAUUUAUGUCAACAAAAACCUCAUCUUUGAUGGCAAAUUAGACAGAGGAAGUGGAGAGGGCCCAGCUGACCAGAGCAUCCUGCUUGGCCUGAAAAAUGAGAAGAAUGAGAGAAUGGAAAACACUGUGAAUGCCCAGCCAGAAGAAAGCAAGGAUGCCCACACAAUGGCUGGCACGGAUGGGGACAAGGAGCCCAGAGUCGGUUACUCGCCAUCAGCUGCAGCAGUGGUGGAUGUGAAGGUUUCUUCACGAGGAAAUCAACUUGGUGAAGGGAUGAACUCUCCUGAUUGUGUGAACGACAAUUUGUCCAAAUCAGAGGAAGAUUUCAGCUUGUCGGCAGCCCCAGCCUCGAUGGUAGGCGUGCCCAGUGCCCCUCCCCUGUCCCCACCUGGAGGGUGCCCUUCUCUGGACCAGGAGCUCUCGCUGAUCCAACAGCUGGAAAACCUCACGGGCAGAAAGGUCUCUGAGCCGCCAGGGAAAACCCCGUCCUGGUUACAACCUUCUCCCACAGGGAAAGGCAGGAAUCAGGGGGGCAGGAAGCCAAAACCCCUCUGGCUGAGUCCUGAGAAGCCUCUGGACUGGAGAGGCAGGCUUUCAUUGGAUGACGUCAUUGGUGAGGGUCCUGGAGAGAUGGAGGCCGGGGACAAAGGCCCCAGGCGUGAGCAGAGGAGAGCGAGCAGCUGGAAUGUCAUCACCGACGGGAGAGCCCAGAGAGGGACCCCCAAACUGUGCGAUGAGGACUUCGACAUCUUUAACCAGCCCUCCGGCAGGGAGCGCCCUGCCAGCGGGAGGAGGGGCCUGAGGAAGGACGCCCUCAGCAGCAGUCAUGGUGAUGGCCAGCGGGCCAGCAGAGAAGAUGCCUGGUCCACCAGGAUGCCGCCACGGUCGCGGUGGUGCAGCGAGCAGGAACACACGCUGCAUGAGUCGUGGAACUCCCUCAGCGCCUUCGACCGCUCCCACCGGGGACGCAUCUCCAACGUUGAGUUCCAGGGGGACAUCCUGGACGAGUUCCUGCAGCAGCAGCAGAGCAGCCGGCACAGCGAGCAGCCACCGCUCUGGAAGGAGGAGAAGCCAGAGCCUGUGAAAGGGCAGGACAGCUGCUUCCUAGAGACUGAUGAUGCGAGCGACUUUAAAAUCCCCGUCUUGCCUUAUGGACAGCGCUUGGUCAUCGACAUCAAGUCUACGUGGGGGGACAGGCACUAUGUUGGCCUUAACGGAAUAGAAAUAUUCAGUUCCAAGGGAGAGCCAGUGCGAAUUGUGAACAUUCAGGCAGACCCCCCCGACAUCAACAUUUUACCAGCCUAUGGGAGAGACCCCCGUGUGGUCACCAACCUCAUCGACGGGGUGAACAGGACCCAGGACGACAUGCACGUCUGGCUGGCGCCCUUCACGCCAGGCAAGUCCCACUCCAUCUCCAUAGACUUCACGCACCCUUGCCAAGUCGCCCUGAUCAGGAUCUGGAAUUACAAUAAAUCACGGAUACAUUCCUUCCGCGGCGUGAAGGACAUCACCAUGCUGUUAGACGCGCAGUGCAUCUUUAAAGGAGAAAUUGCCAAAGCCUCCGGAACCCUGACAGGAGCCCCAGAGCACUUCGGAGACACGAUCUUGUUCACGACCGACGACGACAUUCUCGAGGCCAUAUUCUGCUCUGACGAGACGUUUGACGUGGACGUGGAGAGCCUCUGCAGCCUGCGGGGCGACGAGGCACCGAGGAGGCCCAGCACUGCCGACAGCGACGGGGAGGAGAGACCCUACACCCAGGCCGGCUCGUGGGCUGAUGACCGGGUCCCGGAGCUAGAGCUGCCACCCAGUCCCCCUGUCCCCGACGUCACCACUCCAGAGCCGGGCGUCUACCACGGGAUCUGCCUCCAGCUGAACUUCACUGCCUCCUGGGGAGACCUGCACUACCUGGGGCUCACGGGCCUGGAAGUGGUGGGCAAGGACGGCCAGGCACUGCCCAUCCACCUGCACCAGAUCUCCGCCUCCCCCAGAGACUUAAAUGACCUCCCCGAGUACAGCGAUGACUCCCGGACCCUGGACAAGUUAAUCGAUGGCGCCAACAUCACGACGGAGGAUGAGCACAUGUGGCUGAUCCCCUUCUUGCCGGGGCUGGACCACGUGGUCACGAUCUGCUUUGACAGAGCCGAAAACAUCGCAGGCCUGCGCUUCUGGAACUACAACAAAUCUCCCGAGGACACCUAUCGAGGGGCCAAAAUCGUCCACGUCUCCCUGGACGGCUUGUGCAUCUCCCCUCCAGAGGGCUUCCUCAUCCGGAAGGGGCCGGGCAACUGCCACUUUGAUUUUGCUCAAGAAAUCCUCUUUGUGGACUACCUCCAGGCUCGCCUGCCGCCCCAGCCGUCCCAGAGGCUGGACGUGAGAAGCCUGGAGCGGGCGAGCAUGGACUACGAGGCACCGCUGAUGCCGUGCGGCUUCAUCUUCCAGUUUCAGCUUCUGACCAGCUGGGGUGACCCCUAUUACGUCGGUCUCACCGGCCUGGAGCUGUAUGACGAGCGCGGAGAGAAAAUCCCCCUGUCGGAAAACAAUAUCGCAGCCUUCCCUGACAGCGUGAACUCCCUGGAGGGCGUGUGCGGGGACGUGCGGACCCCUGACAAGCUCAUCGACCAAGUGAACGACACCAGCGAUGGCAGGCACAUGUGGCUGGCUCCCAUCCUGCCGGGCCUGGUGAACCGGGUUUAUGUGAUUUUCGAUCUGCCUACCACGGUGUCAAUGAUCAAACUGUGGAAUUAUGCGAAAACACCCCAUCGAGGGGUGAAGGAGUUUGGCCUGCUCGUGGAUGACUUGCUUGUGUACAACGGGAUCCUGGCCAUGGUGGGCCACCUGGUUGGGGGCAUCCUGCCCACGUGCGAGCCCACGGUGCCCUACCACACCAUCCUCUUCACCGAGGACACGGACAUCUGUCACCAGGAGAAACACACCACCAUCAGGAAUCAGGUGGGGGAUCAGGACGUGCAGAUGAUGAAUGAAAACCAAGUCAUUACCACCUCGAAAAGGAAGCAGAGUGCGGUGGACCCAGCCUUACGCCCCAAAACCUGCAUAAGCGAGAAGGAGACGGCAAGACGGUGGCGGUGCUGACUGGCGGAGGAGGGAGAGCUGGUCCUCUCAGCCAGUGUGGGGCCCUGUCGCUGGCCCCCGCUCAGCACGCGUGUCCCCUGCCCUGUCCUCAGUGUCGGCCAGCCAGGACCCCAGGGCCUGAAAGACAGCUGCAGCCUGGAGGGGAGGCUGCUGGGGAGAAGGGGCUCAAGGGGUGGACGGCCCUAGAAAAGGCAGGAGUUAUGACAGGAGGAGGAAGGGGCUGCUGCUGCAAGGUGUGGUGUGGCCUUCCCCUCCCCUGCAGCUCUGGGGCCCACUGCAGGGACCCCAGGAUGCCUGGCUUGGUGCCUCCCCUGUAAGAUCCAGCAGAGCAGGGCCCAUGUCCACUCAGGCCUGUCAUGGGAUGCCGGGGCUGGGCCUGACUCGGGCCAGGACAGUGAGGUGGACCGGGGAGACCUCCUAUCCAGCCUUCUCAGGGCCCAGAGAAUGGCUGAGCAGGGCAGGGGGGCCCAGGCCUCAAACGCCAACACCAACACGUGCGGG